AAGUUUCGCCGGUUCUUCUGCCAUUCCUGUGUCCCUGCUAAAACAUUUUCCGCCGAAAAUGGCGGCACUCAAUCUAAGCCGUCCAUGGUAAUCUCCGCCGCCGGAAGCCGUUUCUUCAAGGAAUCAGGACCGCCCGUUGCUCCGAAGUUCGUCUGCUACGCUCCUCAGUGCACAAACAAGUUGAUUCAGUGGUAGAGGGAAUGCACAAGUGUGAUGAUAGUGCCGACUGGAGUGGGUGCUGCCAUUGGCUGGUUCGCCGGUGAUGCUUUGCCUGUUGUUCUGGCGUUGUCUUCCGUCGUCGAUUGCCUCAUGACACAUCCCAACGUAACCUCUAUUCGUCUGCUCACACUUGCACUAAAUAUCCUAAGUUCAGCAACAUUUAUAGCCUUUCUCUUUUGAACUUGGUUUAAUUGUCGAAUUAACAUCUUUAUAGGCAUUUAAUUUAGGACAAUUAUACAUACAUCCAAAAAAUAACACCCAUCUCAACAGCUGAGGCUAAAAUGAGGAGGGAUAAAUUUGUAAUUUUACUGUUCAUAAGCCUUGGGUAUUGAAUGUGUGUUGAAUGUGUGUUGAUUUUUUGGGUAUAUGUAUAAUUGUCCUUUAAUUUAUCAAUGUUGGAAAUUUUCUAGCACACUGGUUAAUUUGGUGGCCAAAUAAAUCACUAAUCAAGAGGUUGGAGAGAAUGGAAGAUUAAAAGAGUCCCUUUGUUUUUUUGUAAUCAACUAAGAUUAAUUUUGCCGGUUGCAACGUUAUACUGGCCCAUGCCUAAUGUGUUGUAUGUUGAAGGUCAUGCUCUUGACAGGUUUGCAGAGGGGUUAUGGGCCCUGCAACCUGCUCACCAGAAUAAGGUCUGUUGUAUACCCUGUUUGUUUUGCUUUAGUUAUGUAUGAUUUAUGAUUUUAUUAACAUAUCAAUCAAUGUAGUGGUAUCCUGCUGUUAAGUGAGAAAAUCCCACAUUGAGUAUAAAAAUAAAAAGCUUGU